CGCGGUAGCUGUCUGUUGUGAUUUCGCUAAUUGUUGUCAAUUGGCCCCGUAAACAUCAAACAUCAACCUCUCGCUUUGCGUUGUAAACCCGAAGUUAUCGAAAUUUCUUAUCCUCAUACUAGAGCUCACGAAGACCUUGACCGUUUGAAAUCAUGUGUGGAAUAACCGCAUCGUUGCUCCUCAAAGGAAGAGACCCUUCAAGCAGGGAGACCCUAAAGGAAGAAAUUAGGGAUGGCCUAAACAUCAUCAAGCAUCGUGGUCCAGAUGCUGAAGGGGAUUGGAUCAGCCCGAAUGGUCGUGUCGGUCUUGGUCACGUUCGUCUCUCAAUUAUAGACCUUGCUCCCACUGGCAAUCAACCUUUCCACUCGAGGAAUGACAGAAUCCACGCUGUUGUCAACGGCGAGAUCUACGAUCACGACCGCUACCGCGAAGAGCUCAAGUCCGAAUACCACUUCGUUGGCCACAGCGACUGCGAGAUCCCGCUCGCAUUGUACCAACAUUAUGGUCUUUCCCUCAUGCCGCACCUCCGCGGGGAGUUUGCCCUUGUGUUGUGGGACUCUAAACGCGAGCUCUUCUUCGCCGCACGCGACAGAUAUGGCGUUAAACCAUUGUAUUAUACGGUCGUGGAAGGGAGGUUGUUAGUAGCCACGGAGAUGAAGAGCUUCUUGGCGUUUGGAUGGAAGCCGGAAUGGGAUGUACAGGCUCUGGUUGAUCAUGGGUGGAGAACUGAUGGAAGGACUAUGUUCAAGGGCGUGCGGAAAGUUUUGCCUGGACAUUACCUCAUCAGCAAGCACUAUGGACCAGUGGAGGAAAAGCCCUAUUGGGACAUUGAAUACCCCGACAAGAGGAUGAGUGGAACUAACAGCAUCCAGAAUGUGAGGGAGACGCGAACUGAAGGCGAAAUGAUUAAGGGCGUGCAGGACCGCAUGCUUGAAUCUGUUAGACUACGUCUUCGCGCUGACGUACCUGUGGGUAUCUACCUCUCUGGUGGUCUCGAUUCCUCAGCUAUCGCGGGAAUGAUUGCGCAUGUCCUCAAGGAGGGUCAUACCAAACUUGGAAAUGAUGCAAGCAGGGAUCUGUCCAAAAUGACUUGCUUGUGUGUCCAAUUCGACAAAGACAGUGGUGCAGACGAGUCUGAAAUUGCGAAGCGCACCGCAGAUUGGCUUGGCGUCAAGUUCGUACCCGUGGUGAUGGAUGAUGAGGCACUGGCAAAGAAUUUCGAAGACGCUGCAUGGUUCUCCGAGACAGUCAUGCCGGACGCGAAUGGCCCCGGGAGACUGGCUAUGGCAGCCAUUGCUCACAAGCAAGGCUUGAAGGUUGUCCUCACAGGUGAAGGUUCCGAUGAGCACUUCGGUGGCUAUUCGUCGUACGCCCCAGAAGCCAUCCGGGAGGCCGAUCCAUCAUGGCCUUUGUCUGACUUCCCAGAGUCGGAUCGGCUAGAAGGGCUUCGAUUGGCAGAGGCCAAACCGGAUCUUAACUUCGGCGGCAAAGUAGGAGAGCGCCCGGAGUCUACCUCACGCAUGCUCAACGGCAGUAUACAAACCAAGCGUCUCGCCACCUUGACGCCGGCCAAGUGGGCAUCUUGGACUGAUUGCUACACCGACACGGACCAAGAGACGUUGAUGGUCGAAAGCUUCGAUGGUUGUGUCCGUGAGGCCAUCGCUACUAAAUGGCAUCCGCUACACACUGCUCAAUAUAUUCAUACGAAGACAGCGUUCCCGAACCUCCUCUUGCGCUAUGUUGGCGACAAUGUCGACAUGGUCAACCAGAUCGAGAGUCGCACCCCCUUCCUUGACCACCACGUUACUGAGUAUGCCAAUGGCCUCCCACCGAGCCUGAAGAUGAAGUAUGACCCGGUAGCCAAGACCUUUAACGAAAAGUAUGUAUUGAAGGAGGCGAUGCGGCCUUUCGUUCCUGACGAGAUCUACAAGCGGAAGAAACAUUCUUUCGUCGGCCCAACACGCUAUCCAGAUGGACCAUUCAAGGAUCUGCUCGAGAAGCUGAUCACCAAAGAAAACAUCGAGCAACUGGGGUUCCUUGACUGGACGCAGACGAGUGAGCUCGUGGGCAAGGCCUUCGAGGGAAGUGACCCUUUUGCCAUGAGGGGCGCCAUGGUGGCGGCGCAGUUCGUGGUGCUGGGAACGAGGUUUGGCGUUGCGAAGGCAACUCCAGAGAUUACCACGCAGACAUAGAGUGAAUCUAG